AUGUCCACUACUAUCGAUUACGGAAAGAUUAAACAAUUCGCUGCGCGUUAUCCUAAACCUAAUGGCGUGUCUUUUUCUUAUGGAACAGCCGGUUUUCGCACAAAGGCGGAACUCUUGGACUCGGUAAUCUUUCGUGUUGGCAUCUUGGGUGCGCUCCGUUCAAAGAAACUUGAUUCAAAAACUAUCGGUGUCAUGAUAACUGCAUCACAUAAUCCGGAAGAAGAUAAUGGUGUCAAGCUUGUGGAUCCAUACGGUGAAAUGCUCGAACAAAAAUGGGAGAUAUACGCAACUCAAUUGGCAAAUGCACAUAAUGCCGAUGUGUUAGUAAAUGUUAUUAAAGAUAUCGUAACCGUAAAUGAUAUCGAUCCUACGAAAGAGUCCACGGUGGUAUAUGCUCGCGAUACAAGACCAAGCGGCGUAAGACUGGUAGAAGCUCUUGAACAUGGAUUGAAGGCAGUUAACGCCAAUCUAGUGAACUUUGGAAUAAAAACUACACCUCAACUUCAUUAUGUCACUCGAUGUUACAAUACUCUAGGUACCGAGGCUUCAUAUGGUGAACCAACAGAGGAAGGCUAUUACAAAAAACUUGCGAUCGCUUACCGUAAGAUUGUGGAAGGUUUGCCGCGACUUCCUAAAAUUAAAGUAGAUGCAGCGAACGGUGUAGGUGCACCGAAACUUAGGGAACUCGCGAAAUUUAUUGAUGAGGAUAUUUUAGAUGUCGAAGUUAUCAAUGAUGAUAUUGAUACGAGGGGAAAAUUGAAUUUUCAGUGCGGCGCAGACUUUGUAAAAACUCAACAAAGGGUUCCACUUGGCUUAGUUUUACCAGCUGAACAGCGAGCUGCUUCGCUAGAUGGUGACGCUGAUCGAAUAGUUUACUACUAUAACGACUCGGACGGUACAUUUAAACUUCUGGAUGGUGACAAGAUCGCCAGUUUAGCUGCUGGUUUUAUCAUGGAAUUGAUAAAGGCAUCAGGUCUCGAAGAGAUCAAUGUCGGUGUUGUUCAAACUGCAUAUGCUAACGGAAGCUCUACAAAUUAUCUCACAAAAGUUUUGGGGGUUCCCGUAUCUUGCGUUUCUACAGGGGUAAAGCAUCUUCAUCAUGAAGCUGAAAAGUAUGACGUUGGUGUAUAUUUUGAAGCUAACGGUCAUGGGACUGUUUUAUUUAGUCCAAGUUCACAAGCCAGAAUUCGUAAAGCAGAAGGAAAAACGCCAGAAAAUAUUAGUGCAUUAGAGAAAUUACGUGCUCUGAUCGAUCUAAUUAAUCAAACCGUCGGUGAUGCGCUUUCCGACUUGUUACUCGUUGAAGCAAUUCUCACGUAUCGACGAUGGACGCCUAAACAAUGGGAUCAAGCAUACACCGAUCUGCCAAAUCGUUUGGUAAAAGUUGUGGUUUCAAAUCGGCACAUUUUUAAAACCACCGAUGCCGAAAGAAAACUACUUGAGCCCAAAGGAUUGCAAGAAAAGAUUGACCUAUUGGUGCAACAAUACAAAGACGGACGAUCUUUUGUGCGUCCAUCUGGUACCGAAGAUGUCGUGAGAGUAUAUGCAGAAGCAGCCACUCGCCAUGGAUGUGACGAGCUUGCAUUCAAAGUUGCUGGACUUGUGUAUGACGAAGCAGGUGGAAUCGGCGGACGACCAACAGAAUUUUUGUAA